GUCGUCAUUAACCAAACCACUUCACCUCUUAUUGAGUUCAGUUUCAGUUUCUGUUGCUCUUUUCCUCGUACUCUUUACCAGAUGCUAAAACUCAAACCCAUGUCUUCUCUUCCUCUCUCUCACUUCAAACCCUUCGUCUUUUCUCUCUUUUCUUCACAACCCAGAACCCUUUUUGCCUCUACAAUUCUUAAACCUAUUUCAUUCUGUCUUUCAACCUCAGCAGUUUUACCUCAAUUUCAAUCACAACAAUGUAACUCUACUGUCAGCGUUGAACCUCAUCAUCUUUCUUGUUGUUUGCCACACCGAAAGGGCCUUAAAAUUGCUGUUCUUGUAAGUGGGGGUGUUGAUAGCAGUGUUGCGCUUAGGCUUCUCCAUGCUGCUGGCCAUUCCUGCACUGCCUUUUAUCUCAAAAUCUGGUUUCAAGAAGACUUUGAGAACUUUUGGUCAGAAUGCCCUUGGGAAGAAGAUUUGAAGUAUGCAAGAGCUGUUUGUGAUCAGGUUGAUGUACCAUUAGAGGUUGUGCAUUUGACAGAUGAAUAUUGGGAAAAUGUGGUGUCCUAUAUUAUUGAAGAAUAUCGAUGCGGUCGAACUCCCAAUCCUGAUGUCCUUUGCAAUACAAGAAUAAAGUUUGGUGCUUUCAUGGAUACCAUCAACAGUUUGGAAUUUGAUUAUGUUGCUUCUGGACAUUAUGCAAAUGUUGUCCAUUCAGCUGCAGAUCAAAUGGAUGAACUUUCUGUCUUAGAGCUAUCAAAAGACAUGGUCAAGGAUCAAACCUACUUCCUUUCACAUCUCUCACAAGCCCAGCUUAAGCGGCUAAUCUUCCCGCUAGGUUCUAUGCAAAAGAAUGAAGUUCGCAAGCUUGCUACAAAAUUUGAUCUACCUAAUAAAGAUAGAAAGGAUUCUCAAGGGAUAUGCUUCCUUGGCAAGAUAAAAUUUAGUGAAUUUGUUUCAAGACAUAUUGGAGAGAUGGAAGGUGUCAUGUUGGAAGCUGAGACGGGAGAUUUCUUAGGUAAACAUCGGGGAUUUUGGUUCUACACCAUCGGUCAACGCCAAGGUCUACGCCUCCCUGGAGGACCCUGGUAUGUUGUUGAGAAAGAUGUUAAGAAAAAUGUAGUGUUUGUGUCAAGAAAUUAUUUUUCAUUUGACAAAAAAAGGCGACUGUUUCGUGUUGGCUCCUUGAGAUGGUUCAGUGGAUCGCCUCCAGAGGAUAUCAAUCAGCUUCAAUGUAAGGUCAGACACGGCCCUGGAUUUUACAAUUGCAGUUUGACAAUAGAACAAAGUGAAGAUGGUCACGGUGACAUUGCAGUUGUCCACUUAUCCGAAGACGAUCAAGGUCUGGCAGCAGGGCAGUUUGCAGCCUUCUACCAGGGAAGAAAAUGCUUGGGCUCUGGUAUAAUUCUGGAGUCCUGGGAUGACCAGGGCUUUCCAGUAUGUGAAAAAGCUCUUGAGAUUGCCAGAAUGGAAGAUAAAUCAAAGAUUGGAAAACCAGUUAAGAUUAAGGUAAAACCGGAGACUCCUACGAAGGUGGCAUCCAAUCAUGAAGGUCUCAGAACUAACAGAAAUGAUGAAGACGCACAAAACGUGUUCGCGGAGAAACGAAAAGAGGGUUCCAAAGAAGAAUCAAUGCCUCGAUUGCCAAUGAAUUGGCUCCAAAAGCUUAGAGAAAGGCUAUCUAGACUACUGUGAUUUCCAGGAUUCAGCUUUGUUUUCCUUUAUUUUUUGCAUGUAUGUAUUUUUACCAUGAAAUUAGUCGUCUAUUGAUUUAAGAAUGAUUAUUAUUUUUAGUAAUAAUAUAUUUUAAAACUUUUUAAUUUGUUAA